AUGACGACAUUUUUUAAACGGAAACGUUCCAAGCCAAGUAAUUCUCCUGUAGCAUGGCAUCCAUCUCCAAGUGUUCAGACAGAAGAUAUACCUGAAACUAAAAAUAAUAAUACUGUUAAGCUAGAUUUAUAUGAUAAUAUACCAAAUUUCGAUGAGAAGAUCAAAAAACUACAAGAAUCCGAGCAAGAAUCAUUAGUUAAAAAGCUCCGAGCUGAAUUGGACCAAAAAAACCAAAUGAUAGAUAAUCUCGAAAAAGAAAAUCAGAAAAAGUUACAAGAACAACAAGAUAAAUUGAACGAAUUGAACGCAAAUAUUCUUAAAAUGCAAGAAUUGAAUAAUGCAUCAAGUCCAAAAUCAAUUGAAGAUGAAAAUAAUCAAUUAUCAGAAAAAAUCAACAAACUAAAGGAAGAAAAAGCCAAGCUUGAUGAACAAAUUACUAAGAAACAAGUGAUUUGCGACAAUUUAGAAGCCGAAGUCAAAAAAUUGAAUCAAGAAAUGCGAGCUUUACCUCAUUAUCAGCAAAUUAAAAAAUUACAAGAAUAUAUGUCUCAAUUGGAGAGAGAAACCAAUGAGAAAUUAGCCUCAUCGAAGAAACAAACAGAAGUCCUGAAUUCUAAACUUGAGCAACUGAGAGAUGAGCUUGAUCAAUACAAUUUAACAGCAGAAGAUCUUCAAAACCAAAAUUCAGAGUUAUAUGAUCAAAGAACUGAGUUAAGAUCACAAUUACAAUCAAUUUUCCUCGAAUACCAAAAACAAAGCCUUGCAAUUCAAGCCCAAGGAACAUAUAUACCAAUUGAAAGAUAUAAUCUUGAAAUAAGCAAUGCAAAGAAAGCUAAUCAAAAAUCUCUCGAAAAACACAGACAAGUUUGGAAUAAAUUCCUCGAAAAACUCCGUACAGAAAAUGAUGAUUUAAAGAAAGAAAUUGUUGUUCAGGAUCAAAUUGUCUCUGAUUUGAAAGACAAAUUCGAAAAAUUAUCUCAUCAAUAUGAUGAAAUCAAAGCUUCUAAACAAGAUGAAAUCCAAAGUCUUAAGCGACAAAAGGCAAAGGCAAUGGAAAAUCUUGGUUUUCAGGCUCACUCAAAAAUUUGA